AUGGCUCAACCUUCGAUCGUCACUAUCUCGACGUUGGUAAUAAAGAAAUACGAAGUUAUUACGAUCGCGUCUAUUUCUCUUCAGUCUGAACCGAUUAAUUACAGGCCGAAGAAAAGGGAGAAAAUCAGUGCUUAUGAGCAGGCCAAAAAGGUGUACGAGCGGAUACAGCAACAAAAGGCUCAGGAGAAAGUUGCCCGCCAGCUGGAACGAGAGAAGAGACAAGCAGCCUUGGAAAAGUAUGUUCGUUCCAAGAAAGAAAUGAACAAAGCCUUACGAAAAUGCAACAAGAAAGGUCAACCAAACCUUGGUGCGCAAAUGGAGGUAUUAUUAAAGAAAAUCGAAAGGAAUGUACAGAAAGAGUAG